AUGGCUAUCGAAGGGAUUCCCAGUGAAAUGCUAGCGGUGCAAGUCGUAGAGUUCAACCAACCGUACAAGAUCCACAAAGUGCCUACUCCUCCGGCGCUCAAGGAAUAUGAGAUUCUCCUCAAAACCGUCGUUGCAUCUCUCUGCCACACGGACUUCAUGGUCCUCGAGGGUAAAUUCCCCACCCAGUUACCCUGCACGGCAUCACAUGAAGGAACGGGGAUUGUCAAGGCCGUGGGCUCCAAAGUAAACAAUUUCAAGGUGGGCGACCGAGUUAUGUCGGGCGUACCCAAAAACGCCUGCGGGAAAUGCUACAACUGCACAGGGCCGAAUGACUGGCAUCAAUAUUGUCCGAACCUCGAAGGCCACAUUGGCGUGUUUACCAAUGGGGCCUUUGCCGAGUAUCACGUCGUCGACAGCAGGACUAGCUGCCACAUUCCGGACCAAGUCAGUUUCGCCAGUGCUGCUCCUCUUGCCUGCGCGGGCUGUACCAUUUACCGAGCCCUAAUGGUCAGCUCGGUGAAGGGGGGGGAGUGGCUCGCCAUUGUUGGCGCCGGCGGCGGGCUGGGCCAUCUCGGGAUCCAGUUCGCACAGGCCAAGGGCAUCAACGUGGUGGCAAUCGAUGCUCGAGACGAAGCGCUGGCACUGUGCAAGGAAGUAGGUGCAAAACACAUCUUUGAUGCAAGAGACGGCCAGGAGAAAGUGGUCGAAAGAGUCCAGGCCCUGACGGACGGACUGGGCGUACACGCCGCCAUUAACGUCAGCGAUCACCCAACGGCCGCCGAUACCGCGUGCGCCGUAACUCGAAUGCACGGUACGAUGGUGCAAGCUGCGCAGCCGGAUCGGGUCAGUGUUGCUUUUCAAGAGCUGGUUUUCCGCGACAUUCGAAUCAAGGGCACGUUGAUUGCCGGCCAGGACUAUAGCCAGCAGAUGCUCAAUGAUGCGGCAAAGCACAAUAUCAAGGUCGAAACGAAUCUGUUCUACGGUCUCGACGCGGUGCCGAAAAUGCUGGAGCUCGCCCAUUCCGGCAAAAUGCAAGGCAAGGCCGUUUGCGUGGUUGAUCAGGCCGAGUUUGAAAGGGACACAGCAACCGUCUAG